AUGACCACCUCACCCACCAGGACCAAGCAAAAAUUGUCCCUGCGGAAACGUUUAUUCGUGAAGAAAUCACCAAAAGUUGGCUGCUAUGUCGAUACGGAUUCGAACGAAGAAUUCAGUCAGUCAAGCUCUCGACCUAUGUCUCCAGCUGAUCCUUUUAUAGCACAAAGUGCACAUACCUCCAAUACAAGCAUUGAUCAUGCCCAAAAUCGAUCAAACAAUACAGAUGUUAUAAAUGAUGCCGUAAAUCAAUGUUCAAAUAAAAAUAGCAAUGACGACGAAAGCAAUUCGAAAUGCUGCAAAACUUUCUUCAGGAGGUCUCGACCGAAAAGUCUAGUAGAAAAUCAUGCAAGAAAUGAAUCUAUCUCAAGACCGUCAAGCCCUAUAAAUGAUUCUAGUAAUAAUAGUUUAAGUGAUCAAACUGUGUCUCAAACUAAAAGUGAUGAAAUACCUAAAGUAACAGUAAAUUUUCCUAAAUCAGAUGAUAGCAAAAAGCCCUUUGAACAUUCUGGGUCAUUUGAAGGAAUUAAACCUAAGAGUAAGUUAUUUGUUAAAAGACUUUCAGCAGACCAUUUAAUUUCUAAUGAAUCCAAGCCAUUGUACCAUUCAUCGUCACCCGAGAGUGAUAGAAGCAAUUCCCUGGAUCGUAAAAGAAGGAGCAAGUCAACAAUCACACAUUCAGCUUCAAGAGCUGGGAGCACGGACAGCUUGGCUCGUAAUUCCCUGCUUGCAGCACAGGUUCUUCGUCUUAUACCCACUCAAGAGGCACGGCAAAGAAAUUACUUGUAUGGAAGACUAGCAUCUCAUUCCUUGCUUGGCGCCGCUGAAUUGGAACAUGUGUUUCCAGAUAGAGAAGUGAAAAUAUUUGUUGGUACAUGGAAUAUGAACGGACAAGCACCACCAAAAGAAUUAGCAGAUUUUAUAUUUCCAAAUGAAGUGAAGCAUGUUCCCGAUAUAUUUGCCAUUGGCACUCAAGAGUCAUACUCCGAAAGGACUGAAUGGGAGAUCACUAUACAAGAAGUACUAGGACCUUCGCAUCUACUACUACAUUCUUAUUAUUUAGGCACAAUACAUUUAACAGUAUUCGUGAGGAGGGAUCUUAUAUGGUUCUGUUCAUUACCAGAAGACGCUAGUUUGUCGGUACGUCCCGGAACAGCGUUUAGGACAAAGGGUGCAGUUGCCAUAUCGUUUGCUCUGUUCGGCUCGACUUUUCUGUUCGUGACCGCACAUUUGACGGCGCAUCAAGAAAAAGUUAAAGAAAGGCUAUCAGAUAUAAAGAGGAUCAUCAGAUCUAUUGAUUUACCAAAGAAUCUGCCCUGCAGGCAUCGCAGUAAAGAUGUCACAAAUAAUUUUGAUUAUGUUUUCUGGUGUGGUGACUUAAACUUUAGACUCGGUGAACCAAGAGCGGCCGUUCUGAGGUGGAUAGAACAAACAAAAUUCCCUCUACCGCCUCACCUACCUCACGGCCUGCUGCAUGCGGAUCAGUUGACAGCAGUUCUUGAAGAUGGCGCCGCCUUUAGGGAUUUCAGAGAAGCUCCGAUUACGUUUCCACCGACUUAUAAGUAUGAUCCUGGCAGUCAACAAUUUGAUACAUCAAGCAAACAGCGCGCCCCGGCCUACACUGAUCGUAUAUUAUACAAGGCAAGGUCCAUGGGCGCUAACACUUCCGCCUUCUCAGGUCUUCGUCGUAUAAGCACCGUUCCCUGCUCUGGUCUGAAGUGUGUAGCGUACAACUCUGUACAGAGUGUUGUAACAAGCGAUCACAAGCCAGUAUGGGCUUUAUACUCUGCGGCUUUAAGACCGGGGACUGAUGUUGUGCCGCUAGCAGCCGGUUUGUUCAACCGUGAAGUAUACCUUGAAGGCAUCAAGAGAAGACGAGCUUUGUUGGAUCACGCGCCCGGUACAUCAGCUAUAUGUAAUAUACAGUAG